UGGAAAGAAACUCAGCCACUCUGUUACUGUCCAGCAUUUGCUGCCCAUUAGUGAAGUCAACAGCUGGAAGCCAAAGACUGAAGAGACGUCUUUUUUUUUUUCUUUUUCUCUCCCAAAUACUCCUGAACAACAUGACCUCCAAUUCCAAUUUGUCCAACAUGCGAAGGCUGGUAGAACAACUGAAGCUUGAGGCUAGUGUGGAAAGAAUCAAGGUGUCCCAGGCAGCUGCAGAGCUCCAGCAGUAUUGUCUGCAGAACGCGGGAAAAGACGCUUUGCUGGUUGGAGUCCCCACAGGCAGCAACCCUUUCAGAGAGCCGCGCUCCUGUGCCAUAGUGUGAAGAGGAAGACAAAGUGGACACAAGUGGCAUCUCACUCAAAGAAGAUAUAAAUUUGACUUUGUUUUUAUAGUUUUCUAGAUUUUUAUUUCAUGUUUUUUUCUAAGAAAGAAAGAAGCAAAUAUUUUUACACCGUUUUUGUAAAU